ACGAUCCUACAGAACACGACGGCAAUGCCUUUCCGUGUGUACGGGAAUAAGUACCGAUGUUUCUACUGCACCUCAAGUUUCAGCCAUUCGGUAGAGUUGAGGGAACACACGAAGACCCACGAAAACGUUAACUUAGUUAAAACUAUCAGAACUAGUGUCACGACCCUAGUUGCGAAACUAGAUAUAGCCGAAAUGAGUUGCAAACUAUGCUCUCAAGAAUUAAAAGAUUUGGGGCAGUUAUUAGAACAUCUACAGAAUUACCACGAAGUAAAGUGUAGCCUUGAAGCGUCAGAUUACAUAUUGUGCUUCAAAUUAUCAGACGAAGAUCUCAGAUGUUUGAUAUGCGAUGAGAGCUUCUCAUACUUUGGCCCGUUACUGCUCCACACCCAUAGACUGCACAACCAAAGGCCGUACAUUUGCGAAAUAUGUGGCGUCAGUUUUGGCGCUAAGAAUGCUUUAGAAAAACACUCACAAAGCGUACAUCCAACGAAGAGUUACCAGUGUCGACAUUGCGAGAAAACAUUCACUGCGGUCCACCGUAGGGACAACCACGAAAAACGUAUCCACGAUGAAAGCGAACGGAAAUGCCAUAUCUGCUCUGAAGUUCUAGGAAGUAUUUAUAUUAGGGACACGCAUUUAGCUACAGUGCACAAUAUUUGGAAAUCAGAAUUUAAAUGUGAAGAGUGUUCACAGAUGUUUAGGCACAAAUAUCUUCUGGUCACUCACAAAAAGAGGGUUCAUUUGAAAGAGAAGAAUAUGACGUGUGAAGUGUGUGGAGACAAGUUCUUCGACAAACGUCUGUUGAAGUUACACAUGGUGCGGCAUAGCGACACCAAACCGUUCAAGUGUGAGACGUGCCAGAAGAGAUUCCUAAGAAAACGGGGGCUCGAAAUUCAUACUAGAAUACAUACGAACGAUAGACGGUAUGCUUGCAAACAUUGCUCUAAGGCCUUCGUUCAAAUGGCCAGUCUGAAAUGUCAUAUGCGGCUGCACCACGAAAACUCUUAGAAUUGACAGGUCCGUUACAUUUUUAGGAGAUUCUUAAUUUUUUUUAACCCAAAUCUUGAAAGGCUUAACAUAUUUUAAGUAGUUGACAAUGCACAAACAGAUUUUCAUGUACGAAGAAUUAUGCAGUUUCUAAGAAGAAAAUUUUCCUUUCAGGAAGAAAAGGUGUUGUCAAGAAAAGGGAACGUAUUUGUAAAG